CCUAGUUCCUAGUCCCUAGUAACAAGGGAAGCUGUGCACUGCUGUUUCUAUUUCCUUCCUUGUUGUCCCUCUCCCAUUCCGUCGCCCUCCAUUGCUGCAUUUUCUCAACCCUCUUUCUCUCGCGUCAAGAAGGGUUCAAGAAGAGGCAUGCACAACUAAAACAAAAUGCAACAACCAAGAGAUACCCACUUGGACAAGGUAUGUGAUAUUUGUGGUGAUGUUGGCUACGGGGAACUAAUUGAAACUUGCUCCCAGUGCUCAAUUGGACGUCAUUUCUAUUGCAUGCGGAGGGUAGUGACGGACAUGCAUGAAGAUUGGGUUUGUGAAGUAUGUCUUUCUGAGAAUGACAUAGAUUCUCUAAAACCUGGCCAGGCGGGAGAUGUUUUGGAUUCCUCUAGAAAACAUUGUCUUGAAUUGGGAAGACAGGUUGCAUGUAAAAGGCCAAAGGGUGUUGAAAGAGGCAAAGUGAAGUUCCUCCCGACUGAGGAAGUCAUUAAGCUAUCAUCAGGCUCACCAAGAAAGGAAUUUCCUUUGAAGAGCAGCUUCAGAUCAAAACCUGUCCCAGCAAAAUUGACUGCAUCUCUGUCCAAGAGGUCAUUUAUGGGACCCAAAAAUGUAGGCGCUUCUUUUAACCCAAUAAAGGUGAGAUCAAAUCCUAGUUUUUCACAGUUAGGAUCUUCGACACCUCCUAGACGUGGUGGGCUGCAGAUCAUUUCAUCAAUUAGUCAGCAUGCAGUCAAAACACCAAAGGAGUUAAAAGUAGAAAGUGACCUUGUUGUUUCCAACAAAGAGAAUGUUUGCAAGGGACAUAUAUCGGAUACCAUCCUACCUAAUAAUAAGCAAACAAUUCUUCCUACAAAGACAGAGGAGACUAUGAGAUCAAGCAGACCUUCACCAUCAAGGCUUCAUACAACUAUUGUAGGUUCAGAAAGAGAAUCCUGGAAUAUUCGGCUUAAGGUUUCCCUAUACCGCCCACAUCUUCCUGCUAUUCAUACUACCUGGAUGGGAGGUUUCAAAUUUCCUGAUACUGCUACCCCAGGUGAAUUUUAUGGUGGUUUCCUGGCUCGGCCUCCGAGCAGAGUCCAUCGUAAAGCAUAUGAGUUUACACAGAAAAUGCCCCCAGUCCUUCAGGUUAAUCUGCUUCGCCAGUGUCACCUUCAGGCAGAUAUACUCCAGAAUGGUUGUCUAGAUCUUUGUGACAUUGCAUUAUACUUUUAUCCUGUGGAUUACACCGAAAGAUCCGAACAGAAUUACAAUCACACUGUUUCAGCGCAUGGAGAUAAAAAAUUCAGUGUGACAAGUUACAUUGAUGUGUGA